AUGCAUGACGAUAGAGUAAACUCCAAAGAUGAAAUUUCAUCGAGCUCCUCCUUUGAAGAAAAUGACGAAAAUAAAAAUAUUUUAAAUCCACCAAACAGGACAAAGAUGAGCAAGGGGGAAAGAAGAGCCAGGAAAAUGCUCGUCAAACUUGGCUUAAAGGCAAUCCCUAAUGUGCACAAAGUCAUUAUAAAAAAGUCACAAAAAAUGAUUUUUGCCGUAUCCAAUGUGGAGGUGUACAAAGUCGACGGCACUGAAUCGUACGUCAUUUUUGGAGACGCCAAGACGGAUGACAUCACCAACUCGAUCAACAGUCUCCUACCAGAUAGCCUCCAGAAGGACGGUGACAUGAUGGACGAGCAGGAGGUAAAUUUCGAGGCCCCCGAAAAAGCAAACGAAAAAGUUCAGGACUUAGACGAAGGAAAACCAGCGGACGUUUCGAUGGACGACAUUGAGUUAAUUAUGUCACAAACGAAAUGCACGCGUGAAAGAGCAAUAGAAGUGCUGAAGAAGAAUAACAACGAUUUGGUCGAGUCAAUCAUGGAGUUGAGCGGUUAG